GCAAGCUGUGCAGCCACCGGCGCGCUCGCGAGGCCACCGGCGCCCAGAGCACCAGUCCGCUAUUGGGUGUCGAUGAUCUGCAAGCCAGGCUAGCUCUUUCGAGGUUCAGGCUAGCUCUUUCAAAUGCCAGAGGGGACUCGCACGAGCCAGCCAAGGAAGCUGAGAGGCCAGGAGCCAAGCUACUGCACUCACCGGCGCACGACUGGAUAAAGGACAGCUUCGGGGUGCUGGAGAACCCAGAGAACCGAGUGUUCGUGGAAAGCAAGAUGUCACAGUAGAUUCUUGGCCCCCAAAGCUCACCGAGGUGAGAGGAAGAUCUCUACUUGGUUCUAAGCUGACUGAAAAGCAGCCAUGGAGAUGGCAUCUGAGCAAGACAAUGGGAGUCAACUAUGGAUACCCUCUCCAUUCGACAUCAAUGGCUCACUGGGGCCAAGCAAUGGCUCCAACCAGACCGAGCCAUACUACGACAUGACAAGCAACGCGGUCCUCACGUUCAUCUACUUCGUGGUGUGCGUUGUCGGGCUGUGCGGCAACACGCUUGUCAUUUACGUCAUCCUCCGCUACGCCAAGAUGAAAACCAUCACCAACAUUUACAUCCUCAACUUGGCCAUUGCGGAUGAACUCUUCAUGCUGGGGCUGCCCUUCUUGGCCAUGCAGGUGGCACUGGUUCACUGGCCCUUUGGCAAGGCCAUCUGCCGGGUGGUCAUGACUGUAGAUGGCAUCAAUCAGUUCACCAGUAUCUUCUGCCUGACGGUCAUGAGUGUCGACCGUUACCUAGCUGUGGUCCACCCGAUAAAGUCAGCCAAGUGGAGGCGGCCCCGGACAGCCAAGAUGAUCAAUGUGGCUGUGUGGAGCCUCUCUCUGCUAGUCAUCUUGCCCAUCAUGAUAUAUGCUGGCCUCCGGAGCAACCAGUGGGGGAGGAGCAGCUGUACCAUCAACUGGCCAGGUGAAUCUGGGGCAUGGUACACAGGAUUCAUUAUCUAUGCCUUCAUCCUGGGGUUCCUGGUACCCCUCACCAUCAUCUGUCUUUGCUACCUGUUUAUCAUAAUCAAGGUGAAGUCCUCUGGAAUCCGAGUGGGAUCGUCCAAGAGAAAGAAGUCAGAGAAAAAGGUCACCCGCAUGGUGUCCAUCGUGGUGGCUGUCUUCAUCUUCUGCUGGCUCCCUUUCUACAUCUUCAAUGUCUCUUCCGUAUCUGUGGCCAUCAGCCCCACCCCUGCCUUGAAAGGCAUGUUUGACUUUGUAGUGAUCCUCACCUACGCCAACAGCUGUGCCAACCCCAUCCUAUACGCCUUCUUAUCUGAUAACUUCAAGAAGAGCUUCCAGAAUGUUCUCUGCUUGGUCAAGGUGAGUGGUACCGAUGAUGGGGAACGGAGCGACAGUAAGCAGGACAAAUCCCGGCUGAAUGAGACCACAGAGACCCAGAGGACCCUCCUCAACGGAGACCUCCAAACCAGUAUCUGAGAUAGCCGGAAACCCACCAUGCACGCACACACACAAGCCAAGCCUGCCUCUGGGCAGUGCCUUUCCCACUCACCUGCUUCCUGCCUCCCCACCCAUCCUAGCUGGCUUGUUCUACAUGAGCCCAGUUCAGAGGACAGGAUUUGAGUCUAUUCCACUGACUACUUCUCCCUUAAAGUGAACAUUUUCCUGCAGGCAGACAAUUCAAAGCCUGGAGAAGAGGACAUCAUUGCCUGGGUGUGACGUUGAAGAAAGCAGCCGCCCAGGAGAAAUUGGGGGGGGGGGGGGACUAAACUAAACCAAAACCUGUCAAUGUGUGCUUAUACACUACGUAAUCUUGUGAUGUGAUAUUUACAUUUGUAUAUUCCUACCUAGUCUCUUCGGAGCCGGCACAUACAUGUCCCGUGAUUGUAAGCUGAAUUAAUUAGUUCAUGUGUGUCUAGUAUAGGUGAACAUGUACCGCAACACUGAACCUAAAGAAAUGGACCCGCCACGACAAAACCAAUCAAGUUUAAGCUUCCAGCAUCUCUCUUGCAUGGGCCUUUCCCAGACCCAGGAGGAGCAUGAGCGGUAUGUUGGUAUUAUAGUAUGUUUUUGUAAAAAAAAAAAAAAAGAAAAAGAAAAAGAAAAGGAAGAAAAAAUAGUGAAAGCAAGGUAUUUUUGUAUUGUUCUUCCUAGAGGGCCCCUAAGCUAAAUAAGUGUCUCGCCUCACAGGUGCUGCCCCUGGGUCUGGACAGUUGUUUCAUCAAUUUGAAACAAGCUAGGUCUGAGUAAAACAGAGAGGAGCGCACUGUGAGAGUCGGAAUAGAAAUGGAAGUUCACCUCUCGGAUACAAUCAGUUACUCAUUUACCCAGAAGAACUUCAAGGGUUGGAGUCAUUGACCACUGUGUUUAUCAAGACAAAGCAUGCUUUGUUAUCAGACUGAAUUUUUCUCUCCUCAGAUUGCUUUAGUUUUACUUAGGGAGACAUUGGGGAAGGGGUGGGAUCGGUGACCUGAAAGGCAAAAAACAGACUAUGAUUCUUGCGGGCAAACAAUUUGCUCCCCAACAUACACACACACACAUACACACACACAAAUGAGAAGAAGAAAAAUGAAGUAGAAUUAUCCCUUUAAUAGAAACCUGGAAAGUGUUUUGUUUUUAAUGCCGGAUAAGACUCCUUAAUGAAAGAAAACAGAAAUGUAACUUGACAGCCCCUCAAAGGCGUUUUGGGGUUUUGCUGUUGUUCUUGGUUUUGGGGGAGGCUGUUCUUUCUUCCUGUCUAUGUAUGUAUUUAUGCCUGUGUCAGUGUGUGUGCAUGUGUAUAUGUGUGUUUGUGUGUAUAAGUAUGUGUGCACAUGAGCAUGUGUGUGCAUGUGCCGUGUGUGUGUAGGUCAGAGGUUGACGUUGCUAUCUCCUUCCGUUACGCUCUACUUUACUUACUAGGCAGGGUCUCUUGCUGAAUAGGAAGCUUUCCAGUCAAGCAAGCCAGCUUGCCUAGAGGAUCCCAUCUCCAACCACGGAGCUUUACAAACAUGCUGCCAUGUCCAGACAACCUUUACAUGAGCUCUGGUACCCAGAUUCAGGCCCUCACACUUGAGCAGCAAGUGUGCUACCCGAAAGAGCAUCUCCCAGACUCUCAAAGGAGUUUUUAUGUCAUUAUUAUUAGUGGGGAGGGGGCAUGCUUACCAUGGCACAUGUGUGGAUGUCAGUAGACAACUUCAUGGGGACGGUUCUUGCCUUCCACCUCUUUAAUGGGUUAUGGGGACCAAACUCAGGUCACCAGGCUGGUCCAGCAAGUCAUCGCCCUAUCUCAAAGACAGUUUUAAAGAACUUUAUGCAAAGCUGGGCAUUUUGAAAAUCACAAUACUGAGACUCAGGAACAUGUAUAGGAAAUGUUCAAUCAAGACCAGCUAAUGGAGAAUAUAGGUAUGUGCAGGGCAUGGACUGGGAGCCCCUUCCUUCACAGGGAUAGCUACGUCUCCUCCAUCAGCUGCGCACGCGUGUGGCCUCUCCAAGCUGUCCCUCACACUACCAGUGGUUUUUGUUUCCAGCUACAGAUGGAUUUGUAUACAGAUGACAGAAAAAGGUCCAGCCCUCGUCCCUUGGUUGAUCACGGCUCUAGGAGAUGAAGAAACACAGGCGCAGGUGCGGAAGAUGCCGUGCACUCUGGGUUUUAGAAGCAUCACUCUUAACAUCCCACACGUAGACUUCAAAUGUAUUUUAAAAUGUGCUUUCUUCUUCUGUCUCCUUAAGAAGGACUAUCUAGUGGUCACAAUGGCUGACUGCCCUACCUUUGGCUAUCCAACCCUGUGGCCACCUUAAUUCUCAGGCUACGUCACUCAUACCAACUGGCUCCCCAAAACUACCAACUGUGGCUUAGGAAGAUACAUUCAUUGGGGAUUUAUGUUAGACAAAUAAAUUUACACAAAAGUAAAAGCACAAUCAUAAAACAAGACCACAGGGACAGUUGUUGCAAAAAGACAAACAUAUACAGAAAAAUCCCAGACUGUUACCAAAGGCCAAGUUAGCUACGAGUUCAGCUUUGGGCUGGUUUCUUGGCAGCCAUAACAAACAGUGAGUCACUGCUUUUUCUUUUUAAUGCUAACAGGAAAAAAAAAAAAGGAAAGAAACACUAUAGAUACAACUUUAUCAUUACAAUCGGAAAUAUUCGUCUUGAAUAAAUGUCUUUUUUUUUUCAUUUAGGGAAAUCUCUCUAGGAAACCCAGAACUGCUGGCAAUCAUUCCAAGAAGAUAGAUCAGAGUAACUCUAUAGUGUUCAUGCUCCCAAAGCUUAGUAAAUUGCCUCCAACAAGGUUUUGAUCUUAAGCAGCCACCAAUAACCUCAAGAUGGACCGUCUAAGUGGUGUCUGGGGUACUCGGCAACAGGGAGGUCAUUGGAAGGCAGGAAGAAGGGGACUUUAACAUAUGUGGUACAGGGCCAGGAAGUGGAUAAGUCAAGAAAAUGCUUGCCUCACAAGUUUGAGGACCUGAGUUCAAUCCCUAGAACCCACAUGAAAAGAUAAGGGCAGUGCUUACAUUCCAGAAAUGGAGAGACGGGUGGUGGAGAGAGCUGGACCUCUGAAAGUGCAUCAAACCAUCCAGCCUGGCCUAAGCGGCAAAGGUCCAGGCCAAUGAGACCCUGUCUCAAACAAAAAGUAGAUGUGCCUAUGGAUCAAUACUCAAGGCUUUCCUCAGACAGACACACACACACACUUCCAACCCAUGUGUAUUCGUAUACAUGAACACAUACAUACAACAUAAACACACACACCACAUACACAUACAAAUAACACACAAUAAAUACACACAACACAUAACAUACACAAUAUACAAUAUAUACACAUACAUACCACACACAAAAAAACACAUACAUACACACAACAUACAUACCAGACACACAUACAUACAAGCACACAUACAAGAUGGAUGCUUAAUUCUCUACAGAUAAGCAGUCAGGUCCUAUGAUAUGGAAAUGUAUGUUUUACCUGUAUUUAUAUUUUAACUAGAAAUUUAAAAUAUAUAUUAUUUUAUAUGUAUGAGUAUUUUGCUUGCAUGUCUGUCUGUAUACCAUGUGGAUGCCUGGUACCUGUGGAAGACAGAAGAGGGCACUGGAGUUUCUGGGAGUAGAGGUACAGAUGGUUGUAGUGGGUCCUAGGGAUCAAACCUGGGUCUUCUACAAGACCAGCUAGUGAUGUUAACCCCUGAGCCAUCUCUCCAGCCCCUGAAACAUCUUAUUUUUAAAGAUGACUUGUUCUCUGGAUUUCUGUUAUCCAAAAGAGGAACAAAAAAAGGAUGUUAACACAAUUUUGGUUCAGAAAGUCACUCUUAGCUUCAACUCAACAUCGUGAAGAUAAGUCCCCUGGAUGCUGGGGGUGAGACAAUAAAAAGUAAUCCGUCGGGGCCAGAAAGACAGCUCAGCAGCUAGGAACACUUGCUACUCCUGCAGAAUACCCGAUUGGUUCCUAGGACCCAUGCUCACAGUCUAGCUCCACGGAUCUGAUGCCCUCUUCUGGCUUCUGUGAACACCUGCACGCAGGUGCACACAAAAGCACACACAUGA